CGAAUGUAAUUAUGAUUUCAUUAGUAAAUGAUAAUAUUUUAGAAUCAAUGAACCAUUUCUUAUUUAUUUUUAACGUAUCCCAGAUGACAGACGUUCAAAAUGUAUUAUAUAUAAAAGAGUGGAUGUCUAAAGAGCCUCACCUGCCUUCGGAUCUUGACGAUGUCGUCAUCACUAAGUUUCUUCACAGUUGUUACGGAAGCCUGGAGAAAACCAAGAAGUGUAUAGACAACUUCUGCUCUACCAGAUCUAGGUUGUCAGAGAUCUAUACUUUGCGAGAUCCUCUGUCCCCUAAUGUACAAACAGCUUUAUCACUAAUGGUUGGCGGAACUUAUGUUUGCGGCAACACUGAAGUUAUAAUAAACAAAUUCGACGAUGCAACCUUAGAAAGGUUCUCAUUCUUCGACAUGCUGAAAGCCCUCUGUAUGACCAUGGAUUACUGGAUCCAGUACCAGCCAUACCUCCUCGACGAACACUUGCUGGUCGUGGACAUGACGAACAUCACCAUGAAAAUUAUACCCAAACUGAAUAUCAUGUAUUUAAGAGAUUUCAUAGUAUUUCUUCUGCAAGGUGUACCUGUACGUGUCAAGAGAAUAGUUGCUGUUAAUGCGCCAUCAUUUUACGAUAAAAUUUACGCCUUUAUAAAACCAGUGUUGCCAGCAGAAGUUUGUGAUAUUAUACAUUUCUACACGGAUUAUAAAAGUCUACACAAAAUUGUCGAUAAGAAACAUUUACCGAUUGAAUAUGGCGGCGAAGGGCAAAGUAUUUAUGAACAAAAUCAAGAAUGGAUACAAAAUUUAGAAAAAAAUAGACAAAUGUUCUUGAAUGAUGACAUGUGGAAAGCGGAUAUGAAAAAGAAAAUGAAGAGCAGCGCUCAGGAUAACACGAUGAAUGGCUCAUUCAGGACCCUGCACAUAGAUUAGGCGGUCAAAAAUAUAUUAACUACUCUAUUUAAAUUUGGAAUAUAAUAAAGAUUUUUUUUAAAUAAAUUAAUUCAAAAUAAUAAUUGUUUACAUAUAGCUGGCUGCAUUGGCAGAAUACACUGUGCAGGUUUCGCACGGAUGAAGUAUGUAUUUAGGUGAAUGGCACUAAGCUAUAAAUGUGUUUAUGUAAUAAAGAAAUAUAAUGUGUAAAUACUGAAUACUCAUAGUUGAGAUAUAUUCAAUUAAAACAAAUCAUACAUAUUUGUUUUAAGCUAUGGCAAUCAUACAAAUUUUAAAUGUGACAACUUUUGUCAAAAUUGAAAUGUUGAAGUUUUAAGUCAUAUAUCUUGGUGUUGUCACAUGUAAAAAUUACAAAUUAACCUGUCAAAAUUAUGCAACUAUUUAUUGUAUAUCUCUUAUAGCAUAGUGUGGAGAUUUUAGCAGUUUUAAAAUAUUAUUUACUAGCAGGUUUGAUAGACGUCGUCCUGUCAAGUCAAAGGUAUCAUCGACUAGGGAGCUGGGUAAAUGCUAGAUACAAUUAGUUCUUAAUGCCGACCAUAGACCGAUCUGUGGUCUGAUUCUGACGGAUAAGAUUAUUUAGCAAAGAGUGUAUAAAGCUAAGGUUACACUAUGAUAAUUUAUGAUAAAGUUAAUAACAACUCUUUUUAUAACUUU